GUAGGUGUAUGUUGGAUAUUCCCGUUUGAUAAUAUAAUUGUUUGUUAAUCAUAUUUCAAAUGUGUAUUUAGUUACGAUAUUUAAUAGAAGUAUCGGUAUGCAAAUCAUGUUGAAAAAAAACCGCAACCCAGCUGUAAUUUGACAAAUGCUGAUGGGUGCUGCUAUGAGAAACGUCAAUAUACCAAUUGGUUUUAUAAUAUAUCAUUAAACAAACAAUAGGAAGCAGCAGCAACAGUAUUUAAAGGGCUAAAUUGGAUGAUAUUCGCAAAUGUUCUCCGCUUUGCAAAGAUGUGAUUAGACAUUAUGCUAGAAUAGAAUAAAAAGCGAAUUAAACGAUGGCUGACACUGGCAACGAACAUCCCACACAGGACAACAUCUCAGAUACUGCACUGAGUGCCCAUGAUUCCGAUGUUGAAUCCUCUCACAGUGUCUGCUCUGGCUCAGACACACACAGUGGACACACUUCACUUUCUGGGACCACAGAGAAGGGCUCUAUUUCUGGACCCAUAGUGCACAUCAGUUCCACUUCCAGUGAAGGUGGAACAUCAACAACUCUACUGGCCACUGCCAAUUCACCAGAACCUGAUGCCAGAUAUAGCAUGCUAAGCACUACGUCCACAUCUGCCUCGAGCAAUAGAGGUACGCUUCUACCAUGGGGCGCUACAAAAGAAAGAUCGCCGCAUCCGAGCGUUGGACCCAGCAUAGACAUGGACAUUCGACCAGGAGAAUUCGUGAUGAGAACGCUCUUCGCGGAUUUCACUCUGCAAGCCGAAAGGAAAAUCGAGUCCGUCAUAUACGAUCAUCACGAUAAAUUACUCUCCAGAGUGUUGCAAAGAGGUGAAGAUCCGCUAUUCGACCAACUACUAAGCUCGUUUGGAUCCGUCGCUGAGCACUGUCUACCUUCGUUGUUGCGUGCCCUGUUUUCAUGGUAUCAAAGGCAAAUCACAGAGGUUGCAAACGCUGAACAGAAAAAAGUAGAAAAGGGAAAAAGCAUCAUUUAUAUGGUGUCUGGGAAUACAACUGAAACCGUUGAGAGAAGCGAGUCGAACAUCCAGCAGGAACGCAGAGAUUUGGCCGUGGAAUUCCUUUUCUGCUUAGUUUUAAUCGAAGUCCUAAAGCAACUUUCGUUCCAUCCAGGACACGAAGAUCUCGUGCAGUAUAUAGAGAGCAUCGCUUUUAAGCAUUUCAAAUACAGAGAAGGUAUUCAAUCGAGUCCGAAUUCUGCAAACAUCCAUAUGAUAGCAGAUCUUUACGCCGAGGUGAUUGGUGCUUUAGCUCAAUCCAGAUUCAUGUCGGUGAGAACCAGAUUUAUGGCGGAACUUAAAGAGUUGAGGUCAAAGGAUCCCAGUCCGCAUACAACGCAGAGCAUCAUAAGCUUGCUCAUGGGCAUGAAAUUCUUUCGGGUAAAGAUGGUACCGAUAGAAGAGUUCGAAGCCUCCUUCCAGUUCAUGCAGGAGUGUGCCCAAUACUUUCUCGAUGUCAAAGAUAAGGACAUUAAACACGCUUUGGCCGGAUUGUUCGUAGAAAUUUUAGUUCCAGUAGCAGCGACUGUUAAAAACGAAGUCAAUGUACCGUGCUUAAAGAAUUUCGUUGAAAUGCUUUAUGCCCAAACACUAGAUGCUAGCACUAAAUCGAAGCAUAGGCUAGCCUUGUUUCCGCUGAUCACAUGCCUUUUGUGCGUCAGCCAGAAGCAAUUCUUCUUGCAGAAUUGGCAUUAUUUCCUUGCCAUGUGCCUGUCGCACUUGAAGAACAAAGAUCCAAAAAUGUGCCGUGUGGCUUUAGAGUCGCUGUACCGUUUGUUAUGGGUUUACAUGAUUCGCAUCAAAUGCGAAAGCAAUUCCGCAACUUUAUCUCGUUUGCAGAGCAUAGUCAACUCGCUCUUCCCCAAAGGAUCCAAAGCCGUCGUUCCCAGAGAUACGCCUCUAAACAUCUUCGUCAAGAUCAUUCAGUUUAUAGCGCAGGAACGGUUGGAUUUCGCGAUGCGCGAAAUCGUAUUCGAUUUGCUUUCGGUGGGAAGGAACAUCAAGAUCAUCCUCACACCGGAGAGGAUGAGCAUAGGUUUGAGGGCGUUCCUCGUGGUUGCAGAUAGUUUGCAGCAAAAGGAAGGCGAACCACCGAUGCCGAGGUCUAUGGGAGUAUUGCCCAGCGGAAACACGCUCAGAGUGAGGAAAACUUUCCUAAAUAAAAUGCUAACGGAUGAUACUGCGAGGUCGAUCGGGAUGAGUUCGUAUUUCCCGCAUGUGCGUCGCGUUUUCGUGGACAUCUUGAGAGCGUUGGACGCGCAGUACGGAAGACCUUUGAUGAUGACCAGUACGCAGAAUGUUAAUAAGGAACCGGACGAGAUGAUCACAGGAGAGAGAAAGCCGCGCAUCGAUCUUUUCAGGACUUGCGUUGCAGCAGUACCACGACUGAUCCCUGAUGGUAUGAGCGGCGUAGAGUUGGUGGAUUUGCUGUCCAGAUUAACCGUGCACAUGGACGAGGAGUUGCGAGGAUUGGCGUUCCAGAGUUUACAAACUCUGGUCAUGGAUUUCCCCGAUUGGCGUCAGGACGUUAUCUGGGGUUUCACUCAGUUCAUGGCGAAAGAAGUAUUGGACACCUUCCCGCAGCUAGUGGAUAGCGGCGUCAGGAUGCUGCUCAGUCUGCUCUCGGCUUGGAAGAACGCUCUCUCAUCUCCCGGAGGUAACAUGAGCACCAGCAUGAGAUUGGGUAAAGAGCCAGCAGCUGCUACGGAAACCACGAAGAGCGCGACACGAGAUCCGAAGGCGACGAAGAGGACGGACAACGCUAAACCGGAACCGCUUUCGUCGGUGCUCCAUUUGGUCGAAGCUUUCGCCUUGGUGAUGCUUUGCACUUACCGUUUGGUCCCAAGAAAAUUAUCGGUGCACAUCCUGCGCGAUAUCAAAACUCUGCAGAAACUGUUGAAUUGUACCGAAGAGAUGGCGAUAUUGGACGUCAUUGAUCAAUGCCUACCGCAGGUCGUGGAGAAGGUUAUCCCGUUUUUACCAGCGAGCGAGAAGACGUUGGUUCAAUCCGUGGCUAGCAUCGAUCUGCAAUGGCUGGUGGAGCGGAACACGUGCAUUUGGACGGCAGGACUGCACGAGGAUGCGAACCUAAAGAGCGGAUCGAAUACGGUGAAUUUCAAUGAUCCUUGGAGUCUCCUACUGUUCGGUUUCCUUGAGAGAGAUCGCAUUCUCGGUUUUUGCCCGACCGCAGUUGCCCACUCUUGGCCCUUGGUGUUCUACAGACUUAACGCUCUGUACCCUGUCAUAGAUCCAACGCCGGUAAACGACAAUCGCGCUUCUUUACUGAGGAGUUCAGCAGCUAUCAAGAAGCCCGUCAACGAAAGAGACGCCUACAUUCACGUAUGGAAGAACUACAUAACAUUCGCCUUUCGCGUUGUCCCUCCGGUGCCCAGUCCUAUAGUGCGUUGCGCCAGCCCCGAUCUCAGCUUAAGUUCACUGGAAGGUGUUGUAGAGACAAGUGAUCUCAGUACAAGUCUUGAGAACUUGGUCCAGGCGCAGGGUCUGGUAUCCACCGGCAGAUUCACUCUGCCUCUCUCCGCCAUUCGGAGACAACACAAACGGACCAGCUCUUCACCGGAUAGUUUGAAUGCGGAAAGGAACGAUACGAAGUGCACGGGAGUCACAGCAUCGCCGGCCGCCCUUUACAAGCUCAUCGUACCUUUGCUGAGAUGCGAAUUCGUUGAUGUCAGAGAUGCAGCGGUGAUGGCCCUUGGGAACGUGAACAGCGAUGCCCUAAAGGAUUUAAUGGAAGAGCUCGUUGUCUACAUCCGCGAGGCAGUGGAUAGGAAGCAAGAGAACGUGAGGCGUCGCAGGAGACGCGACGCCCUGCGAAUCCAAUUAAUUAAAGUCCUCGAACUUAUAGCUCAAUACGGGACUUUUAGCGUGAGUUCUUUCGUGUUGGACAGGAACACGCUGCAUCCGACUUUCGUGGAAUACAUGGAAGGUGCACGGAUUUACCUGGAGAGUGAAACCGACAAGAACACGUCCACCGUGAAGGAGAUCGUUUCGCACUUUUGCAGUUUCAUCAGGAAGAUGAUUAAGAGCUUCAGUCUGGACACGUGCCAAACCCUGUUGAAACGAGAUCUUCGAAAGAAACUCUUCAGUCUGUUCUCCUGUUGGUCCGGGAAAUAUGGAGCGCCCAUCCGGACUGCUUCCACGCCGGACGUAGAGCCAUCCCCAAAGAAGUGCACUGACCUGCAUUUCUCUGCUCUGCAAGCUAUGAGCGCCCUCCUCUGCUGCGGCCCCUGCUUCGAUCCGCAGAAGCUUACCGAGGAUGGUAACUUGUACAAGUGGCUCGACGUUAUGUUGGAUAGCAACGAAGAGAAGGUUUACAAUCUCGGAAGGGAAACCGUGGUGCUUCUAUUGGAGUGCAAUCCAGAUUCCGAUCCUCUCCUGGAUUGGACCGUGCACCGCUGUUACACCGGUACACAGGCUGUGGCGGAUGGCUGUUUCCUUGCAUUUGCCACUAUUUUCAGCGCCAAGGAAUAUCCUUGCGAUCAUUACACGGCCGUCAUCAAUGUUACCUUGAUGAACACCGGCUGUCCGAGACCGGUGGUCCGUGAUACUGCCCUUCAGCUUCUUCAAAUCCUCGAUAAGCGGUUCUUCGGCACCGUCGGACCAUUGGCAGAGGGUGACCUCGCUGAAGGUGACAAAGGACGGAGUACAUUGGACACCGUUCUAGCGACGACUUAUUGCCGUUCCCAGAUACAUCUCUCAAGUCAACUAUCUCAUUUGCAUCCGGAACUGACGAUGCCCAUGUUCUCCGAAAUUACUUAUCGUUUUCAAACUGCAAGACCCGAGGUCCGGCAGUUGCUGCUGCAAUACCUUCUUCCGUGGCUACACAACAUGGAAUUGGUCGAUCCUAAUGUUCCUCCGACGAAUUCCAUCAUCUAUUACCAAUUUUAUGCAAACGAGGGAAAAUCGGGCAGACGCAAAGAGGGAUGGGGAUCCGCCGAAGCCACGGAAAUGGUUCUGAAUAAUAUAUUUUACAUUACGGCAAAGUUCGGUGACAACCAUCCGGACGAGAUGGAAAGAGUUUGGGCCACUCUCUGCAAUUCCUGGCCCAACAACAUGAAAGUCAUCAUCAGAUAUCUGAUCAUCAUUUCGGGGAUGGCACCUAACGAACUGCUUCCAUACGCAAAAAGGGUGAUUCUUUAUUUGGCGAGGGUUGCGCACAUCAGGCUUCUGGAUGAGAUGAUGUUCGAGCUUCAAACGGUCGAAACUCUCAAUUGCCUCAUCGAACGGACGGAAACGCCUCCGUUCUACCGUCUCACCGUGAUGAGGAAGGCCUCCAGUCAUUCGGACGGUGCUGGUGGAGUCGUCGGGCAAGCAGAUUUCUGCAGUCGAAUUGAUUUAGGCGUUGAAAAGGGCACGAUUCACACGAAGAGGCACAGCGGAGAGGAUCCGACGAAAUGCGGAACUCCGAAAGCGGAGCAGGCCAUGAAAGCAAUGCCGGAUUAUAAUUCACCGAAAAACAGGCAGAAUUUGUCCGAGGAUAUUUGCACUCCUACUACGGACGAAAAUUCCGAGGAUCUCUUCUCGCUCUCCAGACCUGUAGCACCCUCCGACAAAUACGACAUCUCCAUACCUCCGCCGCAUCCACUGCCGAUGCCUGAGUACGGCGGAUUCUUUGCACCUCUAACCGAAUACUUACCUGACAGCUCCAUGCCGAUUUCAGGUUUCCACAGGUGCAACGUGGCUGUAAUGCUGUUAUGCGAUGUUGUGGUCGACGGCGUGGAAUUCGAUUGGACGAUCCACGUGCCGUUGAUGCUGCACAUCCUGUUCUUAGGUUUGGACCACACCAGAUCUUUAGUACAUCAGCAUUGCAAGCAGUUGCUUCUCAACUUGCUGAUAGUCUUGGCGCAGCACAACGAUCAUCUUUCCGUUGCGCACAUCCUCAUGAACAGCAAGACGAACAUGCUGGGUCUCGGUUUGCCCAUUCCCAAUCUACCAGUCGUUAAGCAUACUUUCACAGAACGUCACCCAGCCUUCGAUAGUUACCUGCAAGGUCCUACUAUGACAUUGAACGCUAACGUAGAACCGGCUUCAGCUAAUGAAGCUCAAAGCAAUAAUACGAAUAACACGGUUUGUGAUUCUAUAGGAGGGGAUGUUAAGAAGGAAGCGACGACUGUUCCACCAGUUAUCGUGACUGGAGAGGAUAAUUCGUUAUGGACGGGACCUGAAAUAGGUCCUAACAUGCCCAUCCAGGAUGUGAUCAAAUCGUUGAUCGAUUUCUUGGCUACCAGACAAAACCUGCCGCUUUGGCCGUACGAGGAUAUCACUGCGAAGGUGUGGCAGGUCAGGAGCGCCGACCAGAUCGACGUCUUCCUGCAGCACGUCCUGCGGGUGUUCCAGGAUUCGGUGAGGAACGCGCACAUCAGCGAGCGGUGGGCGCAAACAGCUCUGCAGCUUGGAUUGAGUUGUUCGUCCAGGCAUUACGCUGGUAGAUCUUUGCAAAUCUACAGGGCUCUGAGGGUGCCCAUCACGUCGCGGAUGCUCUCCGACAUCUUGAGCAGAUUGGUGGAGACCGUCGCAGAGCAUGGAGAAGACAUGCAAGGCUAUGUUACUGAGCUGCUGUUGACGCUCGAAUCCGCCGUCGAGUACCUGGAAUCCGAUUUCCGACCGCUGGACUUCACGAGGGACUUCUUCAAGUCCACGCCGAAUCUGAACAACAAGGAGUCACUGAUAAUAUCGAAGAGAUCGCCGAACAGCGCAGGCAUCGGCGGCGCCGACAUCGCGCCAUCUUUCUCUUAUCUGAACCAGAGCGGUCACACGAGAAGCACCAGCUACUCGGUGAGCUAUUGCCCGAGGAAGAGCACCGGGUCUCCGGCGAGCGAUGGCAAAGAUAUCAGAUGCCGCACUGGAUCGGAGGUAGAGAAUCGCGCCGGUUCCAAUCAAAAGUUUUGUUCUAAUCUGUCGAGAUCUCGUUCGGCGCAGAGUCUGAAGAUGCUGGGCGACUCGGCCACACAGGAUGACAAGAUGACGAUACUGGCGCAACUCUUUUGGCUCUCUGUUUCGCUGCUCGAGUCCGAUUACGAGCACGAAUUCCUGCUGGCCCUGAGGCUGCUUGCGAGGGUCAUGCAUCGCCUUCCUCUCGACAGGCCCGAUGCCAGGGAUAAAGUCGAGAAGUUGCAGGCGCAGCUCAGGUGGAACUCGUUCCCCGGUGUACACGCUCUACUUUUAAAGGGUUGUACACAUCCUAACAUCUACGAACCUGUUGUCGCGCUGCUCUCCCAAUUCACGCCGCUCUUGGAUUUCGUGGUAGUGGAUCCUUCGCAAAGUAUAGCAUUCCCGAUGAACGUGAUUGCUCUGCUGCCGUACAUGCUGUUGAAUUACGAGGACGCCAAUGAAUUAUGCAUCCGCAGCGCGGAGAAUAUCGCUCAGGUGAGCAUCGAGAAGAGCAAGAAGCUUGAAAACCUGGGAACUGUGAUGAAUCUGUACAGCCGUCGCACGUUCAGCAAGGAGAGCUUCCAAUGGACGAAAUGCGUUAUCAAGUAUCUGUACGAUACGUACGCCCAUCUCAGUCUGAACAUGCUCACAUUCCUGGUGGAGGUCCUCGAGAAAGGUCCAACGAAUCUUCAGCUACCCGUGCUGAACAUCCUCCACUGCAUGCUGCACUACGUCGAUUUGGCCUCGGCUGCAGCGCAACCCAUCAACGCCGAUCUCCUCAGGGUUAUAGCCAAGUACAUUGAAGGAGCUCACUGGAAGGAAUCGUUGAAAAUUUUGAAGCUGGUUGUAACGAGAUCGAGCAGUUUGGUUGCACCACCCACGUCCAUACACCACUGGGAAACUGUAACAACGUCCGUUCCGCAUCCAUCCUUCAGCGAGAUCGAUGUCUUCACCAGGAAAGAAUUACCAGGUCGAACCAUGGAUUUUACGUACGAUCUCUCGCAGACGCCCGUAAUCUGCAGAAGAUUGAUUAAGGUGGCAACCACUGAUGAGGCUAAAUUGGAGUUGCCCGACUUGGAUCCAUCAGUGAAUUCCGUCGCAUCUCCGAGACGUUCCUGCUCUCUUAGUCCUGCCGAUACCGGGCUGCUUUCUUGCUGGAAGCGACCUUGGAUGGCGCAGGGACGCGUUCGAGAAUGUCUCGUUAAUUUGCUAACGACGUGCGGCCAAAGAGUUGGCCUACCAAAGAGUCCAUCUGUGAUAUUUAGCCAAAACUCUGAUAUACUGGAGAGACAGUCGAGCAUGGCUUCGAGUACUGAAGAGGUAUCGGCAGGUAACAAUGAUCUUAGCGGCGGAUCGAGAAGGGACGAUGCGACCGCGGACUUUGGCGUCUUCAAGGACUUUGAUUUCCUGGAGUACGAGAGCGAAAGUAUUGAGGGUGAAAGCACCGACAACUUUAACUGGGGCGUGAGGCGAAGACAUCUUUGCGAAGUUGAGGAGGAAGGAGGCAGUGUAUUAAGACAACUGGAAGAUCUUCUGAGCGAACAAACGCCAGUAUUGACAAUAAGAAAGAGGGUCGUCGCCGAAGAAUCGUCGGAUGAUGAGAUCGGCUCCGAAUCUCCACUCGAUGAGAUCGUAGUUGUUCCAGAGUUCGAGAGUAGUUCCAAUGCGGGAAGCACGAAAUUCCCACCAUCUUCGUUGAACUUGACGAGGACUAGGCAAGAUUCUAGCGCUCGAUCAGAUACAAGCGGAUCCAGCGCUGGAGAUCUGGGCGAUGUAACACCUUGUAACACAUCACCUAAUAUGUCUACGUUAAUCAAUAUGAGGCCAAUUACGAGGAGCGACACUUUGGAUACCUGGACUUCGUAUCUUCAAACGGAUUUGACGCAAACAUCCGCCAACACCUUACUCCUAUUCCAUCAGCUUCAAAAAUUGAUCAAAAGCGUGUCCAAAUCUGCAAUUUCAAUUACUACGGAAGCUUGCGAUCAUUUGGGGAAAGCGAACGAAGGGGCAACAGUUAAGCUUAUAAAUUCUCGAUUGUCAGCGUUCAUAGAUAUCGUGACCAAUCGCAUUCUGCCAAUCCACUUUAUAUGGUUCAAUAGUGCAGCUUUGAACAGCACCAAGUUGAGCGAAAGUCUGAGGUACGGCAUGCUAGAAGUCCAAGAGCAUUUGGAAAUGUUCUGUGAGAAGAGGGAGCAAACCAUUAUGUAUUCAAACGCUGUGAAGUCUUUGCUGAAGCUGAGCGUUCAGAGUGCCAACAAUAGGCACGAGGAUUACCUGCUGGAUCUUGGGAAGGCUCUGUACAAACUCCAUUUCCAGCUGCUGCUGCUUAUCGAAGCCGGUAACAAAAUGAUCACAACGUUGACCAACACUCUGAAAACUUCGCAGUUUCACGAUGUUACUUCUGAAGUCCUGGUAGUUUUAAACGCUUUGAAUACCGCUAUCGAAGACACCGAGGCUGAUGGAGGUACUCCUACACCUGCAUCAUCUUCAACGGUGUCAUCUCCUUCUCCGGGUAGCGCCGACGAUUUGGAAACUGCUUUAUACGAGCUUGUAGCUGCUGAAAAAUGGUCAGCUUCCCUCUCUUUUCUUAAGCACAACAGGGGACACCUGUGCAGCGAGGGCAAUAUGGACCUAGAGGAUGACGUCGUCUUAAUUUUAAAUAUUUAUUGUAAGAAAUUAGUGCAGGAAAAAAGUGAUUGCUUCGUAAUUACAAAUCAGGAUGGUGAUUUGGGAGACGUGUUUCUGAGACUGUUCCAGGUAUCUGCUGCAGUUUCUGACUUGGAAAACGUGUUAAAAGAUCGAGAUCAGUCUGAUACAUCCAUAGCCAGCCACUCGAAGGACUAGUGGAAUCUAGGAAUACGUUGCCUAUGUUUAAAUGCUGUUAACAAUUAAAUAUCAAUGAAGAAAUAUAUCAAUAAAUUAGCUUCGCACGAGGAUGAAUUGUGCUACUAUAAAUAUAAUCGUUAAAAUUAAA